AUGAGUAGUUUCUUCAAAGAAGUGACUGAUCUUGAAUUACUUUAUAAUCCAAAAUCUGAAGAUUCUCUCAAAUUUGGAGUUUCUGCUUUGCCUGGAUAUUUACCCAAUUCUUUAAUUUACACAAUAUUUUAUUUACUUGCUCUCCCUCCAAAUAUUUGCCUUUUAUAUAUGGGGCUAAGAACUGAUUUGAUUACUUCGAGAGUUAAAUUUCCAACUUUAGGAAUGACUUUGGCUAAUCUUUUUGGCCUUGUUGGGUUUUUAACACUCAAUUUUGUUUAUUUAUAUGCUGUUAUAACAGAGACUCGUCUCUCUCUCUUUAUUUGUAGCUUUGUCAGAACUGUUUUAUACAAUACUUCUUAUGUUUGCUAUUUUUUAUUUCCUUUAUUAGCAGUCGACCAAUAUUUAUUUAUUUGUCAAAAUGUUGAAUUAAAGAUUAGUUGGUUAAAGAGGAUUGUGGGUAUUUGUUUUGCUAUACCUAUGGCUGUAGCUAUUUAUGAUUUAUUUUUACAAGAUGUUAUUUUAUAUGAUUAUAUGUUUAAAUAUAUUAGAAUGUCUUUAUAUACAAAUAUGUUUUUCUUUCUUGUAUUAGCCCCAAGUUUCUUUGCCUUUUCCUUUAUUUGCAAUAUUCUCGUUCUUCUCUCAAUUAUUCAAAGACAAUCAAAAACCUCUAGAAAACAAUGUGGACGUUCCCUAAAUCCCCGCCAACUCCAACAACACAAAAGCAUAAUUUAUACUUACAUUUUACAAGCAUUUUUGCCGUUGGCACUUGCAACGCCUUAUUAUAUUGCUUAUUUACCCCCGUUUUGCAAAUUGUGUCAAGAAAUAAUAAAAAUUUUUCUACAAUACAUCCUUUGCAGAGGUGGGUCGGAAUUCCGAUUUUCGACGGUUUUUCCUCCCGAUUUCCGAAAAAAUUUUUAUUUCUGCCUUUUGAGCCAGUUCCGUUUUACGGCUUUUCCUACACCUCUGGCUGUUCCGACCUACCUACACAUUAUCUCUUGGUACACAGAAAAGGGUGAUUGGUAUGUACGAGGUCUUUGUUUAAUGUAUGACGUAGAUAUACCUUUAGUUUGGUUUAUUGUUGGAGAAGGAAUUAUUUCUUUACAUCCAUUAAGCAAUGCAUUAAUCACACUUAUUCUUUUGCGACCCUAUAGAGAAGCAUUUAAAAAAUUAAUUAGAAGAGGAUUUAAACAAAAAAGCCAUCCAAAUUGGCCCUCAAAAAUUCAAAGAUUAUUAUCAGCACCCCCAGAAAUUAAUACAGACACUGAAGGGGAAAAUAAUAACAAAAAACUUUUCUACAAAACAGCAAUUGUUACAAAUAAGGAUGGAGAAGAACCCUUUUGUGCUACCUACAAUAAUGUUACCGCUGUAUCUCUUUAA